CCAGUCCGGAUGAUAAUGUCAGUGUUAUUGUCAUUGCAGGAGAAGGGUUUUAUUCAGAUCCACACCCCAGUCCUCACGUCUAAUGACUGUGAAGGGGCAGGAGAGCUUUUCCAGGUUGAGCCUGCAGGUCAGGAGAAGAACCAGGAUGAGGAGGGGCACCAACACUUCUUUUCUGUCCCAGCGUACCUGACUGUCUCUGGGCAGCUGCAUCUGGAGAUCAUGGCUGGGGCAUUUCCUGGAGUGUACACUUUUGGACCAACGUUCCGGGCAGAAAACUCUCAGAGCAGACGUCACCUGGCUGAGUUCUACAUGGUGGAGGCAGAGAUCUCCUUCACACAGUCACUAGAGGAUCUUAUGAAGGUGAUGGAAGACUUGUUCAGGUCUACAACAGAACAUCUCCUAGCUCAGUGUCCUGAAGAUGUGGCUUUAUAUCACAAACACGUGUCACCUGGAUACAGGGACAAUGUGGAUCUAAUGAUGAAGAAGAGUUUUAAUGUGAUAACCUACACAGAGCCAUAAACAUCCUCAACAGCAGCUCCAAAGAAAUUUGCUUUUCAAAACAGAU